ACCAGACUGUGGUGGAUAAGCGGGCCACCAGCAGCAACAACGUGGUUGAUUAGGCAAGCAGCAGAGAAGCCUGGCCUAGGUCCGUCCUGCGAGAGUAGAAAACCUCUCGAAACUUAUUGAAGAUACAAGUAAAGACGUGAUGUUGAUGUAGUGAGGUGUUGAGGAGGGUGACUGUGGAGGAGUGUUGGUGCAGGCGCCGCCCUCCUGACUCUUAGUAGUGACACACUGCCACCAUGAGACUUCUGAAAUUGAGCGUGCCAUGGGCCACCAUGAGGUCCCUGGCAUUGGUACUGGCGUGCCUGCUUCUGCUCUCUGCACCUGUCUCAGCCGCUACUCCCGAUUUUGACUCUGAUUUGGAGAUCCUAGUAGAGGCGUCUCCUGCAGCAGCGACUGCCAUCGUGGCCUCUGAUGAUACACACCUCCUGCAGGAUGUGUACGAGAACCAGGCGGGCAAAGUGAUGACUGAGGAGCCUGUGAUGGAUGAGGAGGCUGCCUCGACGGAGGCAGUGCUGUCACAGGUGCCAGAGAGCAAGCCACGCAUCUCAUACAGCCAAGCCUACGUCAACAAGACUUACCGUGCCAAGGAUGACUUCAACCCCCGGGGCAUGGAACACCUCUACCUCAUCACCAACCUCUUCCUUGAUCUCAUCCACCGUGACCGGGAACUUCCUCCUCAACUCGAGUCGCUGGUGUCCCAGGAGUUGGCUCAACCUACAUUGGACCAGCAGCAGGCUAUGCGUGUGGCUUCGGAGCUGGAGGCCAAUUGGGACGUGUUAGUGCUGCACUACGUGGGUCUGGUGGCCCUGGUGUCCCUAGGCUGUCUCCUCAUCGUCGUCCUGCCUCUCGCGGGCCUCGUCUUCGCUUGCUGCCGCUGUGCAGGACGCUGCGGCGCGCAGGAGCCUCAUUAUGACAAGAAGAGAGACCCGUGUAAGAGGGCCACACUAGGCACUCUCCUGGCUGUGCUAGUAGUAGUCAUCCUGUUGGGUUUAGUGUGUUGCUUCGUGACCAACGCCAGGAUGGAGGAUGGGGUACAGGGACUCCCACGAGACUGGUCGCUGGCUGUACACGAUACCAAGCUCUUCCUCAACAACACUGAUAACGAGGUGCAGAAUUUGUUAGUAAGAAAUUACAGGGAGCUGCAGAAUGUUCUCUUCAACAAGUUGGACAGUAAGUUGCUUAUCACAUGCUCUUUUAAAAUGAUUCAUUUUUCUGUGCAAUAAUAUUGCCAGCCUUAA